CCGGCAAACCUCGUUCCUUGCCAGCCAAAUCCUAAUUUGCCCUGUCUUUUUUUUUUUUUUCUUUUUUUCUCUCUUUGCCUUGAAAACUUGUGAAGAAACAGAAUCUAUUGCCGCCGCGAAGAGCGUCGGCACAUAGUUUCAGAGUUCCUUGCAGGGAGGCUGAUAUGGGGAGGUGGUCGGAAUCACCGCCGGACAUCGAGAAAGGUCGUGGAAUGUCCAGAUCGCCUUUGCCGCCUCCACCGCCACCACAUUUUAGCCCUCCUACGCCCAAGCCAUGGUUCUCGUGGAUGGUCCCUCUUAUAUUUGUGGUAAAUGUUGCCAUGUUUGUGUAUAGCAUGUACAGAAACAAUUGCCCCCACAACAAGGCAAAGGGCCACCAUUGUAUUCUCGAAGAUGAAUUCAAGAGGUUCUCUUUCCAACCCUUCCAUGAAAAUCCCCUCCUUGGCCCUUCUACCAACACGCUCAAAAAACUAGGAGCUCUAGAAAAAGCUUUGGUGGUGAAAGAUGGCCAGGCAUGGCGUCUCCUUUCUUGCAUGUGGCUUCAUGCUGGUGUUAUCCACAUAGUUUCCAAUAUGUUUAGCCUUCUGUUUAUUGGAAUCAGACUUGAGCAGGAAUUUGGAUUUUUCAGGAUAGGACUCUUGUAUGUGCUUGCUGGUUUUGGUGGAAGCUUGAUGUCUUGUAUUAAUCUUGAUAUUGCUGGUAAACCAACCCUAUCAGUCGGUGCAUCUGGUGCGCUUUUUGGAUUGUUGGGAGCCAUGCUUUCGGAGCUCUUCACAAACUGGACAAUCUAUGCAAAUAAGUGUGCAGCACUUCUAACUCUCAUCGUCAUUAUUGCAAUAAAUUUGGCAUUUGGGUUUCUACCUCAUGUUGACAAUUCAGCUCAUAUAGGAGGAUUCAUCUCAGGGUUUUUCCUGGGUUUUAUUCUUCUAGUUCGUCCCCAGUAUGGAUAUGUUAGCCGCAGGUACAUUCCAGCAGGAUACGACAUAAAACGCAAAUCCAAGUACAAGUGGUACCAAUAUAUAUUAUGGUUCCUGGCAUUGAUCGCCUUAAUUAUCUUCUACCUAUACUGCUUGAUUAAGAUAUAUAAGUGACGAGGCAAUGAAACGGAUUCCUUCGUAGAGCAUCGAUUAACAGAAUGUACGUUGCAGUUCAACUUCCUUUUUUUCAAGCAUUGCAAGUAUAGACCAAAACCACCCCUUCUUCAUGUUAACAAAACAAAUGUGCCAAACCUAUGCAAAUGUAGUAGGUAUCUAAUUCUAUAGGUGUGAACAUGCAGAAGUAUUGCCAUUGGGAUUUGCAUAACACUGUGCUGUUUUGCCUUUAAAGGUAUGCGCUUUUCUAAUUGCAGCUGAAGGGAAAGAGGCAAAAACCAGGUGUCAAGAAGCUUUUUCACUGACCAUAUAUACUUUACCUUUCCAUAGUCAAAUUCGCCUGGGCUCAUUUGUUACAUGCAGAAAAAUGCUUUAAUUAUUACUUUCCCAUGCAAUCUGAAGAACCAUGUGAAAUUGUACUCUUCUACUGAAGCAUAUAUUUAAAUCACUUAUGAUUCCUUUUCUUCUA